AACACGGAGACGGGCAGGAAAAACUAAACAAACUCCUUGCGAAAAAAUCAUGGGAAUCCAUCUAGCAAUCAAGCUGCUGACAAUAGUGAUUUUUCUUGGGUAUGGCAUGAUAUGGAUAUUAAUGCCAACUAAAGUGUUUUGGCUACACUGGCUGCCUGAAAUUCAUGCUAAGGUUGACACCACAUGCUUUGGACUAGAAGGGGCAAACAUUCUGAUAUACACAUUUCCAGUACUAUUCGUUGCUGUUUUGGGAUGUUUAUACCUUCAUCUAGGAAAGAACGACGUUGAUCAGAAAGACGGAAGGUUAAAGCUAGCAUUGGUGAAGGGUCCUCUGGGGAUUGUUUCUUGGACAGAGCUCGCCUUCUUCUCCAUGUUCAUUGGACUCCUCUUCUGGUCUUUCUCAGCUUAUUUACACGGGAUGACAGCAAAUAUCACAAGAAAGUCUGCAGCACAAAUGGGAGAGGAAGUAGAUUUGAAGUUCAACCUAAAUGGAACUGGUAUGAUUGGUUUUGGCAGAUGGGAAGUGAAAUUAGACAGCGCAGGACUAUUGCUAGGCCUUCUAGGUAAUAUCUGUCUAGCGUUUCUCUUCUUUCCAGUGACUCGAGGAUCAUCAAUACUGCGGCUUGUGGGCCUCACAUCAGAGUCGAGCAUUAAGUAUCAUAUUUGGCUUGGGCAUAUAACUAUGAUCCUCUUCACAGCACAUGGCUUAUGUUACAUCAUCUUCUGGAUUGGAACACAUCAAAUUUCCGAGAUGCUCAAGUGGGCUAAAGUUGGGAUCUCAAAUUUGGCAGGAGAAGUAGCUUUGCUCUCUGGAUUAGCCAUGUGGAUCACAAGUUUCCCUAGCCUAAGGCGCAGCAUCUUUGAACUGUUCUUCUACACUCAUCAUCUCUACAUUCUCUUCAUUAUAUUCUUUAUAUUUCAUGUGGGGUUCUCCUACUUUUGCAUCACGCUUCCUGGUUUCUACCUCUUCUUGAUUGAUCGGUACCUACGCUUCCUACAGUCCCAGCAAAAGGUCCGCUUGGUUUCUGCCCGUAUUUUUCCAUGUCAAUCAGUGGAGCUGAACUUCUCCAAAAGCCCAGGGUUGAGUUAUACUCCGACAAGCAUCAUGUUCAUAAAUAUGCCCUGCGUCUCCAAGAUUCAAUGGCAUCCAUUUACGGUUACUUCCAACAGUAGUACAGAUCCUGCGAAGCUAAGUGUGGUCAUAAAAAGUGAAGGAAGUUGGUCUCAGAAGUUGUUCCACAAAAUUUCUUCUUCUUCACUAGACCACCAUGAGGUCUCAAUUGAAGGACCUUAUGGACCUGCAUCCACUCAUUUUCUCAGGCAUGACACACUGGUGAUGGUAAGUGGAGGAAGCGGCAUCACUCCAUUCAUCUCCAUCAUUCGUGAGCUCCUCUUCACCAAAAGCAUAAGAAGUUGCAUGACCAAACAGGUUCUCCUAAUUACUGCUUUCAAGAAAUCUGUGGAUCUCACCUUGCUAGAGCUCCUAAUACCAGUUUCCAGAGCAACCUAUGGCAUUUCUGGCUUGCCAAUACGGAUUGAGGCAUAUGUAACGAGAGAAACAGAAGCCAUUUCAGAUUAUCAAAAGCCUUGCCGAACAAUACAAUUCAAGCCCGGUGCCAUGGAUGUGCCAGUUUCUGCAAUUUUAGGCUCAAACAGCUGGUUUUGGCUUGGAACUAUAAUCUCAUCCUCCUUUGUCAUAUUCCUUCUGCUCAUUGGCAGUAUUACACAAUAUUAUAUAUAUCCUAUUGAUCACAACAGUGAUAAGAGAUUUCCACAUACUUUAAGAUCUGCUAUGAACAUGCUAUUUGUAUGUGUGUCCAUAGCAAUGACCGCCACUGCAGCCUUCCUAUGGAAGAAAAUCCACAAUGCCAAAGAAAUGAAACAGAUUCAAGACCUUGACAUGCCAACACCAAUGACAUCUCCACAGCCAGACUCACAGUUCUACAAUGAGGAUACAGAAUUGGGAAGCCUUCCCCACCAGUCACUUGUUCAAAAUACUAAGGUGCACUAUGGAGAAAGACCUAACCUUAAGAAAUUGAUCAGAGAGUGUGAUGGAUCGAGCAUUGGGGUUCUUGUUAGUGGCCCCAAGAAGAUGAGACAAGAAGUUGCAGCAAUUUGCUCAUCCUGUGAGAAAGGUAACCUGCAUUUUGAAUCAGUCAGCUUUACCUGGUGA